UUAUGAAUUCAUACGAUACACGAUAAACGCUUGCAUUCUGUUAUCCCGUAUUACGAAUUUAAGUCUAUCGUAUGAAAUCCGAUAGUUAGCGUUUAUCGUAUAUCGUAAAAAUAUGAUAUUGCCAAACGAUAACUAUCGUCUCAGCCGUUCGAUUCCAGACGCUUGCAAGCGGUUCGCCAUUUUUAAACGAUAGAUUGCUGUGCUAGUAUACCAAAUUAAAAUUUGAUAAUUAUUUUGAGAAAUUGGAAUAAUGCCGAGAGUUGUGAGUACAAAGCAUCAACUAGAGCGUCUUGCUUCGCUAAUGGAGGAGAAUACCGACCUCGCAAGAGGAAUAUGUCAUAAAGCUGUCGCGAAACCACGUUGGGAAAAAAUUACUCAGGAGCUGAACUCAUUAGGACCACCAACACGAUCAUCAGAUGCAUGGCAACGAGUUUGGAACGAUUUAAAAUAUAAAACUAAGAAAAAGAGCGCUCACAACCACGCAGAGAAUUUAGCAACUGGAGGUGGGCCAAAUAACACAGUUCCACUCUCAAAUCUGGAAGAGACGGUGAACAGGCUAAUGAGCUACACCACUUACAACAAUCCGCCAGGCGAAGAAUUUGGAAUAGAAAAUAAUGACGAUAAUGAGUCCGUUACGGAAGUGGAAAUAUAUUCAGACCACGAUAUCCCAGGGCCUUCGCGAAAUGUGAUACCUUCGCGAGAGCAUGGCCGAAAUAGCAGCUUUAACCCUAAAAGGAGAGAAGAAAAACAAAUUGCACUCCUUGAGCGGCAGACGGAUCAGCAGGCUGAAUUUCAAAAGGAGACUUUGGCCACACUAAAAGAGAUGAAACAAAGCCUUUCAAAUAUUGAAGUAUAUACAAAAAAAACUUACUAUAUAAAAAAAGAUAAAUUCGCUAUUUAUAAGCAGGAAAUGGAAAGUAAGAGAAGAGAUAGGAAAGCGAAGUUAGAACUCAAGAAAAAACUUCUUGAGAUCAAGCAGAAUAUGUACAAAAAUUGUUAGUUUUAAGUAUGUAAAUAUGUAAAUUUAUAAAGUGUAGUGUAGUGGACUG